AGACAAAGAAAACAUCAAAAAUAAACAAGUACAGCAAGAGAAUCUGGUGUUUAUUAUGAAAGAAAUUUUAUUAUUAAAGAAACGUCUUUAUGUUUAAAAAUUAUAGGUAGUAGUUACACUUAUCUAAGAUGUCGGGAAACGUUCUUAUAGGAGGAGGAACUGGUUUUGUCGGAAAACAUUUAAGAACCGCUCUUCAGAAUAAGAACUAUGGAUUUACUAUUGUAUCUCGAAUGCCGGGCCCACAACAUAUCUCGUGGAACCAGUUAAAUAAUGCAGGUCUACCGAAAGAUACAGUAGCUGUUGUUAAUUUAGCAGGACAGAAUGUUAUGGAUUUUAAACAGCGUUGGUCACCGGGAUUUAAGCAGAAUGUUGUCAGUUCUCGCGUAAAUACCACCGCUUCCCUAGCCAAAGCAAUAAACGAUGCCUCAGUCAAACCCAAGGCUUUUGUUACCAUGUCGGGUGUAGGAAUUUAUAAACCAGACUGUAAUUUAGAAUAUACAGAAUGUAGCAAAACAGAACCGUUUGACUUUUUCUCUAAACUUGUUUUGGAAUGGGAGAAAGCCACGAGCUUAGACAGUCUAUCAAAGAAUCACUGUAGGGUUAUCUCAAUACGUAGUGGAGUUGUAUUGGGUAAAGAUGGAGGUAUGAUUAAACAGCUUUAUUUUCCAUUUUUCCUGGGAUUGGGAGGACCGGUAGGAGAUGGAAAACAAUUCAUGCCGUGGAUACAUAUAGAUGAUUUAGUCAAGUUAAUUAUUUUUGCUAUAGAAAACGACAAAGUUGAAGGUGUAUUGAAUGGGGUUGCUCCAAACCCGUGCACAAACAAGGAAUUUUCUAUUGCUUUUGCUAAAGCCUUGAGAAGGCCGGCAUAUAUCCCCACACCAAAAUUAGUGUUUAACGUGAUAUUAGGCAAAGAAAGGGCGAAAAUGAUCACCGAAGGCCAGAAAGUGUUGCCAGAAAGAACUCAAGAGGUUGGUUUUAAGUUUCAAUAUCCUACUGUAGAAAGUGCUUGUGAGAAUAUUGUUAAAAGUAUUUAAUUUAUAUCCAUAGUUUAUAUUAUGACCUGAAAUGGUGAUUUAUUAAACUCAUAAUAUUUAUGAUCUAUUACUUAUUAAAUUAUUUGAUUCAA